AUGGGGACUGCAACGGAAUUCUACAGAUCCCAGAUUGGUGGCACGUCCGUCAUCAAUUACUCCUACACUGAUUUCCCAUUUAAGCUUCUUCUGAAGGACGUGCACUACUUUUUCGUGUACUGCUGGGCGUUGCCGUGGAUCCUGUUGCCUAUCAGGCCCUGCGGUUCUGGUGAACUCGACGAACUAUACCCCAGCGGGAAGAAUAUUUUUUGCAUUCUAAUCCAUUUCAUACUCGUGCUUCUACAGCUCGCAUUCAUUUUGGUUCUGCCCUUGGGUAUUAUUUUCCCCGUUUGGAUUACCGCGCUCGGUGUUGGGGGUUUUAUGACUUUGAACUGGGCGCUGUGCAAAUUACUCAAUGGAAAAGAUAUCACCUUUCACUCGGACGAAAAGUAUGCGAAAGCACGUCCCGAACAUGCACAUGAACAAUGGGUUUUUCUUAAUGGCGUCGCAGUUGGAGAUCACUGGAUGAUGGCCAACCUGAAUAGAUUGGCCAUCACCUUUGGGCGUCCAAUCCUAGGCAUUCACAACCGAACGUCGGGAAUACUCUUCGAUGUUAUUGAGUGCUUGGUUCAGCGCAACUUCACCUAUGCCACGUCUGACGUGCGUAUUUGCUACAAGAUCCUUCGGGAUGUGCUAUACGACCCUAGCAAAUCCAAAGUUGUUUUCAUAUUACAUUCCCAGGGCGGCAUAGAAGGUGGCUUAGUUCUGGAUUGGUUGCUGCAAGAGAUGCCACAAGACCUUCUGUCCAAACUCGAAGUAUACACAUUUGGAAAUGCGGCGAAUCACUUCAACAACCCCCAUCGCCACGUUGCCUCCCAGAAUCUAUCAGCGACCAACCCUCUGGUCGCCAUCAGAACAUUCGUCUCGGAGUCAAGCUUUUCAACACCGGUCACUAGCCCCGUCGGUGCAACAAAUGGACAUGCCAAGGGAGGAGAUCCAUCUGCCUUGACGACCUCCGGGACAUCUGAGUCUUUCUCCUCUUCACGCGUAUCGUCCGCGGCCAAAGAUAGGGCCAUCGGUCAUGUAGAACAUUAUGCACACUCCACUGAUUUCGUUGCCAUGUGGGGAGUCUUGCAUUUCGCUACAAACAGAAUGGGUUCCCAUCAGCUUCCUCGGUUUCUUGGACGGCUAUUCAACCGCGCGACUGGCAGCGGUGGACACCAGUUGAACCAACACUACUUAAAUGGCAUGUUUCCAUUGGAGCGUGACAAGAAAACAGGUGAAUUCAUAGGCGCCGACGAGGAGAACGCGUUUAUGGAGGAAGUUAUCAAGUUCGGCAAGGAGGGUGAUGCCAUGGAGAAUGCAAGAGAAGCGUUCGAUAUUUCUUAUUUGGGAACAGAGGGAUUUGGAACCGGGCACAUAUCAACACCCGUCGAAGUCCACGGAACCAGGGGCAGGAAACGGACGAAGACGGACGUCAUGGUCAAGGAGCUAAGCAGACUAUGGAGCUAUAGAAACGGACGAUCUCCCGGAGGCGAGCCACCAAAUCUCGUUACUGAAGCCGGGUUUUGCCGUAAUGCGACCAUGUAG